AUGCCAGGGGAGAUCUCUCUACAAAGUCUUGUAGCCUCUGCCUCUGCCUCUGCCUCUGCCUCUGCCUCCGCCUCCGCCUCCGCCUCCGCCUCCGCCUCCGCCUCCGCCUCCGCCUCCGCCUCCCUAGAUGUGUGGGUAGUGAGAGCCAAUAAUCACACUCUGAGCUUUAUUCUCCUUGUCUCCAUCAAGCUGAGCUUCCUCUCUGUGUUUCUGUUCCUCGGUCGCCCUGUGGAUAUAACCUGCAUGCUCCGGCAAACCUCCUUUGGGAUCACCUUCUCCAUAGCUGUGUCUUGUGUCCUGGCCAAGACUCUCAUGGUUUGCUUUGCUUUUAAAGCCACUAAGCCUGGGAGUCCCUGGAGAAAAUGGGUUGGAGUCAAGGUGGCCUACUGUAUUGUUCUUUCUUGUUCAAUUAUCCAAAUACUAAUUAGUGUAAUCUGGUUGACCAUUUCUCCCCCAUUCUUGGAGCUAAACUUUCUUUCUGAACCUGGACAAAUCAUCAUUCAGUGCAAUGAGGGCUCAGCCAUUGGCUUCUAUAUUGUCCUCUCCUACAUGGGACUGUUGGCAUCUGUGAGCUUCAUUGUAGCUUUCUUGGCUCGGAGCUUACCGGACAGUUUUAAUGAGGCCAAGUACAUC